GAGAGAGAGAGAGAGAGAUCCGAAGCUUAUUAUCAUCUGAAAUUCGCUUUGUCCGACUAUAGCUUGCUACAUCUCCGACUAGGGGGGAAAAAAACCCCAAAUAAAGCACCUUCUCAACUUGGAAUUCCUACUUGGAAACUCGUAAAGUUUCCUAAGCACCACUUUCAUUCAUUCUUCUUCAGCUUUAUUUAUCCUGAUCUACGUACAACGAAUAAUCGUGCGAAUGACGUCAUAAGGAGUUUGGAAGCUGGCUAGAGUCGACGCUCGGCAUAACUAUUUAGGUAACGUCCUAUAGCUAGUCAGGCUACGUUAACGAGCAUUAGCAGCGAACAGCCAGAGUUAGCUGUUGAAGAGAAAUUGAGCUAAUUCAGUAGAACACGUACUUUAGAAGCACUCAUGGAUGCUUCCUGGUUCGAAACAAGGAAUGAUUUGGGCAAAAUGCAAAUGUAUUAAAUAAAGCAGUUCACGUUUAAUGUCACGUGUAUAUAGUUAAAUGUACGACGUUCGUUUUGUCAGCUUCCAGGUUCCAUGUGUCACGUGCAAAAUCAGAGGAGGAGAGACGAUGUGAUUGAGGUUUUUGCCUGUGUGGUGGUGUUGUGGAAUAAUAUUGCCUUGCCGGGAAAAAUUAGUCAAAUUUAAUACCUGCCCGUCAGCUGUAUAUUAAUUUGCACACACAGCUCUAUGUGGGGUCACGUGGGCCGGGAAUCAAACCGCCAACCCUAUGAUUUGGGUUGACCAAAUGAAAAGCUCUUUAAACAAAAGAAUACCAUUUUACACCAAUCAUCCUGUUCAAAAGUUUAGACCCCCUUAACGUGCCGUGUCGCCUCCUCGAGCAUCGGUGGACGUCUGCGCCUCUUGCGAUAGUCGUUUACGAGUCCCUCGGCGUGAAAAGACGGGUCUCGACAUCACGUAGCCGCUCGAAUAUGCAUGAAUGUGCAGGACCUGGAGGAUUUAUUCUGAAGAACAGUGGGCGGUUUAACUGCUCGGGACAAACGAGGGACUCGUGAAGAACUCUCACAAAACAUGAACGCAUCGUGUCGUCGAUCGUCCGGGUAACGACACGCGGGAUUAAGAAUCAAGGGGGUGUAAACUUUUGAACUGGUUCGUUUGUGUAAAUUCAGUUUUUAUUGUCUUGUGGACUAUAUGUAAACAUCUGUUAUGUGUAUGUAUUCAGGGCAGAACUGAUUGCAAAUUUUAUGGUCCCUCUUUUUUUUUUAAAUAAUUAUUACUAGCUUUUUCAGAUUCUGCAAGGCGUAUGUAAACUAUAUUUUGUUCAGCAUGUGACUUACGGACACACAUUUAUUUAUUUUUAAAUGACUCUACUCUUUUUAAUGUUUUCGUUUCUUAGCUUUAUAUGAAAAACUGCGUUUCCACCUCGGCCAGACAUAAAAACAUAUAGUUUUGCGAUUAUAAUUUCAUUUAGCUUUCAGGUCUGAAGUGUGUCUCUCUCUCAUUUGUCCUUAUCUUCCUACACAGGUAUAUAGGUUUGCGUUAUAAUGAAGUUUUGGCACCCUUGCGCUCAGGUCUAGGUUUUUAUUAGUGUGUAAUGUAUGGGUACGAGUGCACGCUGAUUUCAUGAUGUGUUUAAUGUAGUUGUAUGGUUUGCAUAUCUAUCAUUUCCUCAUUAGGGCUGUGUGUGUGUGUGUGUGUGUGUGUGUGUGUUUACAUGCGUUUUCUAACCUUUUUUUUAUUACUAUGGGCCUUUAGGGGAUUUUCUGAGUCUGGUCUUCCUCUGAGAGAGUACAUGAUGGUUUUUGGAGGGCUGUGUGUGUUUUGAAGGGGGCGGGGUGGAGGUGGAGGGGGAGGCGGGGGUUUGGGGGUGGACUCUUUUCCUCUUGGCUUUCCUUUCGGGGGAAUACCUAAAUGGCCACGGCUUUGUGUCUUUCUCUUCUCAGAGAGGCUACAUAAAGAAUUAUGGACGUGUGUGUCCAAGACUUUCUGAUAAUCUCUCUAUAGUACUGGAGAUCUGUGUGUGCUUGUGUCUUGCUUUGUUGGAUAUUUAUUUAUUUAUUUAUUUAUUUAUUUAUUUGGUAGAAUUGAAGGUCUUUAUUGUCCGUGCAUCCGUAGUCUUUUGACAUCAGUUUCAUUCGAACACGUUACCGAGACUUUACAGUGAUCCUGAAGCUCUAUAAUGUCGAGUGACUGAUGUUGAGUCUAUAGGUUUUGUUUGUUUUUUAAAUCGUAUUUAACGUUUUUUUUUCUUUUUAAAAAAAAAAACAAAAAAAAAACGAGACUCCAGUGUGUCUGUAAAAUAAAUAAACGAGUAAAUGAACGAUCUGGGGGGCGGGGCUCUGUACGAGUUCGGUUUUUGAUGACGCUGAAAAGUUUCACAGCUUACAAACACUCGUAUUUAAGAUUAAGGUGGUGACAACAUGGUUCCUGGGAACCUUUAUGUGCAGAACCUGAACAUUUAACUAACACCAAGUUCAGUUAGAAUUAACUGAACUAUCUUAGCUAGUGCCUUCGGUGUGGAGAAAUGUGGUUGCAGAUAACCUGCUCGAGAGCUCGCUCCGCUAAUGUCAGCGAUGUUGCUCUAUGUAGGAUGGCAGGGGAAGAAGGGGCGGUUUCCGAUUUGCAUAUUUAUGCAUAUUCAUAAGUUCAGACAUCUUUCGUGAAGGUAAACAUGUAGAGAAGCCGUUUUUAGUCUCCGAGGUAGUUCCUAAAGGGUUCUUAAGGGAUAAUUAUGGGGCUCUUGCUUUCUAAAGAGGUUCUAGUUAGAACCCUCUCAGAAAGGGAGCUCUACGUCCUCUAGAACCUUUAAUGAAUACGCAGUGAAGGACUAACAGGAGAACUCUUUAGGACGCAGAGAAAUUGGAGAAGCAUACUGUACGUUUGUGAUUCUGACUCUGCUUUGUUUAUUUAUUUUCUUAAUAGAAAAAUGUGUUCCUUAAGGGUUCUUUGGAUAGUUAAGGGUCCUUAGUUGAGUAAAUGGGUUCUAUCGAGAACUAUAUGUGACGUGUCGAACCUUAUAAUAUAAGGUUUUCCUGGAUUCUUCGGGGGGCAUCUGAGGAACCGGUUUAGAUGUCGUUUUUCCUUAAGAGUGUGUUCUUGUGUCUUGGAUGGCAGAGUGUAUGAAGUGUGUGUGUGUUGACGAGUCCUGUGUUCCUCUGUCUGUCCCUCCAGGAGAAUAUAUAAAGAACUGGAGGCCUCGAUACUUCCUCUUGAAGACUGACGGCUCCUUCAUCGGCUACAAGGAGAAGCCCCAGGACGCAGACUUCGCCUACCCCCUCAAUAACUUCUCUGUGGCCAAGUGUCAGCUGAUGAAGACGGAGAGGCCGAAGCCCAACACCUUCAUCAUCAGAUGCUUGCAGUGGACCACUGUGAUCGAGCGAACCUUUCACGUGGACACACCUGAAGAGAGGGACGAAUGGGUGGAAGCGAUACAGAUGGUGGCGGACAAGCUGGCCAAGCAGGAGGAGGAAGGAAUCCUGUGCAGCCCCACCACCCAGAUCGAGAUCGUCAACGAGGAGGAGAUGGACACCUCCAUCAGCCACCAUAAACGAAAGACGAUGAACGACUUCGACUAUCUGAAGCUGCUAGGCAAAGGCACCUUCGGGAAGGUGAUCCUGGUGAAAGAGAAGGCCAGUGGAACUUAUUAUGCAAUGAAGAUCCUGAAGAAGGAGGUCAUUAUUGCCAAGGAUGAAGUGGCCCACACUCUGACUGAAAGCAGGGUAUUAAAAAACACUAGGCAUCCCUUUUUAACCUCUCUGAAGUACUCCUUUCAGACCAAGGAUCGUCUGUGCUUCGUGAUGGAGUACGUCAACGGCGGAGAGCUGUUUUUUCAUUUGUCAAGAGAGCGCGUGUUUUCGGAAGACCGGACCCGUUUCUAUGGCUCCGAGAUCGUCUCUGCACUGGAUUAUUUGCACUCUGCUAAAAUUGUUUACCGCGAUCUUAAGCUGGAGAACCUGAUGCUGGACAAGGACGGCCACAUUAAGAUCACAGAUUUCGGUUUGUGUAAGGAGGGCAUCACUGAUGCCGCCACCAUGAAGACGUUCUGCGGAACUCCGGAGUAUCUGGCACCCGAGGUGUUGGAGGAUAACGAUUACGGCCGAGCGGUGGACUGGUGGGGGCUCGGCGUGGUCAUGUACGAGAUGAUGUGUGGACGCCUUCCCUUUUAUAAUCAGGACCACGAGAAGCUGUUUGAACUGAUUCUUAUGGAAGAAAUCAAAUUUCCCAGAACCCUCUCUUCUGAUGCCAAGUCUCUGCUCUCUGGCCUGCUCAUCAAAGACCCUAACAAAAGACUCGGAGGAGGUCCGGACGACGCAAAGGAGAUCAUGAGACACAGUUUCUUCUCUACGCUGGACUGGCAGGAGGUUUACGACAAAAAGCUCGUUCCCCCGUUCAUGCCCCAGGUCACAUCCGAGACAGACACCAGGUAUUUUGACGAGGAGUUCACAGCUCAGACCAUCACCAUCACCCCUCCGGAGAAGUUCGACGAGGACGGCAUGGACUCCGCCGACAGCGAAAGGAGACCGCAUUUCCCACAAUUCUCGUAUUCAGCCAGCGGGCGGGAGUGAAGCUCGCUCGUCACCCGGCGCCAGUGUUUUCAUCCCAGGCCAUCUAAGGAAAUUACGUAGCCAUGCUAGGAAAAGUCUGCACUCUUUCACCUCCUCCUCCUCCUCCACGUCCUCCUCCUCCUCCUCCUCCUGUUUUCUCUUUAAUUAUUUAAUGACUUGAUGAAGUUUUCAUUUUGUUGGGGUUUUUUUGUUUGUUUGUUUGUUUUAUUUUUGAUGUUGCGAUAAAAGGGGUUUUGCACAGAUGGGUUCGACUGAAGCUAAUCAACCCACGUAAAAAAAAAAAGAAAAAAAGAAGAAGAAGAGGAAAAAAAAAAAAGAAGGUCUUGUACAUUUUCAGCAUUGUUGUUGUUUACAGCAGAUCAAGAACAGAUUGUUUUUUUGUUUGUUUAUGUUGGGGUUUUUUUUUUUUUUCUUUUCCCAGCGCAUUAAAUUAUGUCCAUCAGUAUUACCAUUGACGUCGAGCUUUUUAGGUUUGUUUGUUGUUUGUUGUUGUUUUUGGGAGGGUUAUUUUUUUUGGUGUACGUGUGCUUGUUUUAAAGAGCCGUUCUGGGGAACAAAACCAAAAAUGUUGCCUUAUGUGUGCGGACAGACAGAUGGACAGAGAGACAGGGUUCUUGGCUCGUGAAGACUUUUCUCAUCUUUCUGUUUCUGCAUCGCUCUGUAGAACACGUUCCACCUCUCGCACCCUGCGACACUGCGGGGUGGGGGGUGGGGGGGGCGUGUACGAAAGAAAAACACUAAGGUUUUGUUUUGUUGUUUGUUUGUUUGUUUUUUGUUUCGUUCAAAAGGGAAAGAUUUCAUUUACAGUCCGCAAAACUGCCAGUUACCGUAACGUAAACCUCACUCAGGCAACGUCUGUUAAACACGACUCAGAUACAGUAUAGACAGAAUGUCAGAGCGUGGAUCUGGGAUCAGUUCUUCACUUUUCUGGUGGAAUCUCCCUCACAGUUGAGUGCAAAAGUUUGCACCCCCCAUAGUAUUUUUUUAAAAAUACAGUUUAUGAAGGAGCUAGGAUGUACAAAUGAACAUUUCGUAGAGAUAUCGGUGUAAUAUACAAGCAGAAAGCAUAACACCCACCCACCAUUUCCCUUUUAGAGUAUCCUUAAAAUUCCCGCAUGCUAUAAGCUGCCCAUUUUUUUGCUUUUUUUCUUUCUUCUAAGUAUUUACUCGCCCACGGAGCCUUAACCUUAACGCUAGGAUCCUCCUUUUCCUUUUAAAAUAAAAAGUAGCACGUCGUACCUCUUAUUUCACAUUUCACCGGAAGACGAAAUCAUUUCGAGAUGAAAUUACCGAAACUAAAACGAAGAACGGACGAGUUGGUUCCGGCCGAGAGGACCGAAGAAGCCGAUUGACAGAUAGAGAAGAGGUUGAAGGGUGGAGACCGGGUCCGGGUGCGUCGCGUCCUCUCGUUUAUUUUGGUUCGAAAUGUUGCUCGUUUUCCGAUUUUACAGGAAAUGAAUUGUUCUUUCUCCCCCCCCCGCCCACCCGCCCGCCCGCCCGCCCGCCCCAGAAUAUUUUUUUAGAAUUAAUAUAUAUCGACUCGUUUGGAGUUCCUUCUGCUCGUUUCAUCACGUAAAGUCUAGAAAUCGAAUAUUCACGAAUCACAACACGAGAGCGAAAAGGAACCGGCGCAGUACAUUUCAGCGUGAACGGAGUCGACCUGGAAGUGUGCCAGCUGUUCGUGUUCUUUUCUCUGGUGUAGAUGUGGUUAAGGUGUACUCUGAAAUUCUGUUUUUAUAAAAAUAUAUGAUAAGAAUCGGAUUAAUGUAUGCCAAAAAAAAUAAAAAUGAAAAGACA